AUGAGAUUACCUAGGAAACAGCGGCAGCAUGAAUCUUCCAGUAAAGCUGAUCAAGAGGAAUCGGCCGUCGUCUUCUGGUGGAACCGAACUUCGAAUCUCUUCACCCAACACUUUUAUUCGAAAUGGAACCCGAAUAGUUGUAAUAUCGAUCGAAAUGGAGUCAACACUAAAGUAAAGCCAGAGUUCAUGCGAAGAAGACGACUUCAAAUAAACCUAAAGUAUUUCCAGAAGCACCUAUCCUGGUCAUCUUUAAAACAAAAUAAAGACAAGGAAGACUUCGAUCUCAGUCCGAAGUUUGAAUGCUUAAAUGAUGAAGCAAAGAAGUUUCAUUCACUAGCCAACAUAAUGCAACAUUGGUGGCGACUCGGCAGUACCGCAAUCCACCCCAUUAGAGCAACCUCUGAUAUUGCAUUGUACCUAGUCUCGCAAGCCCGUAAAAUCGACACCACGUUAGGCUUAGAAUGCUCCUACCUUGAGCUGCCACCAGACGGCCGGGGUUAUGACUAA